UUCGUUAAAGUGAUUGCAUAAAUGCAUAUUAAGGUCACCUUACAGUUUUUAUGAUAGAUAUUAAACAUUGAAAAUGUUAGUUCAAGAUAGGGUAAUUUGACUUGUGUUUAACUGUGAACAAAUGCUUAAGUGACAAUGUACGGCAUGGUUGGACACUCAAUCGAGGGUUGUGAAAGGAAGAAGAAGAAAUCGAAGAAUCAGAGUAAGAACUUUUCCCCUAAACAGGGAGCUUCAAUUAGAGCUGGAGUGAUUAUAGGAGGUGCAGUGCUUGGGUGCAAGUUGCCUGGUAAUGUCGAGCAACCUGACGAGUUGAGGUCAAGCUCUUUAGACUUGGGAGAGGGAGGCAGACUCCUGAACUACAAUGAUAAAUUGAUAGUCGGAACUCGUGAACAAUCGUACCAGUUGAGUACCCGCGACUUCCCGGCAUUUGGACAGAGUUGCAGUAGAUCUAAAACUGAGAAGUGUGGGUGGAAAGAUCGGUUUAGACGGAAACGUAACGAUAGAGAAUCUCAGUGUUCAAAUUUUGGAGGCGGCAAUGGCUGUGUGCAAAACAGUGAACUUAGGAGGCCGAUAUUACCACGGAGAGACUCGCGAGAGGAGGCCAUGGCCAAGCUAACUUUACAAAGUUAUUCGACGUCACCGAGUCACGUGCACCGCAAACUUUACGACAGCCCCGGCAGCCGCGGCGACGGUUGUUCAGAAGGAGGUAGAUCUCGGUGUGAGACUCCGCUGCGCUUCAUCGACGCCCACGUUAAUGACGUAAGAAUUCCAAUAGAAAAAGACUACGUAGAAUAUGACUGGAGUGAAGCAAAGGCCUUACCAUGCGCUUACUCAAGCAAAAGUAUAAAAUCAAAAUACUCCUGUGAUGGAUUAGCUGUAAGAAAUUCUAAUUGCUGUGCUCAUACCUGUGUGCCAUGCUAUAGUUACGCCUCAAAAAGAUAUUGCAUUCAUUGUAGAAGAGAUUUAGAUUGUAACAGUUAUGUACACGAUCAUCGAUUGGAUGCUAACGUAGCUGAACUUCAUCACUCCACUUACUCUGAAGUACCAAUUCCAGUUGCGUUCAGAUCUUCUUUUAGUUUAACAGAUAACAUAUGUGAGUCAUCAGCGGGCGUUUCUGAUGCUUGCUGCAGCGACCCAAGUCCGAAUGACCUGCAUGCGAGUUCAGUUUGCCAGACAAACCUCGUUGCAAAAUCUCGGUCGGAAAAUCUCUUAAGUUCUCUAGAAAAAGGCUCGCCGCGAUCAUCGACACUCACUAAAACCGAGGCUUUGAGACAGAAUGCGAUAAAAAUCCGGAACAGGGAAAUGUUUUCUGACAUAAGACCUUCUUGUGACGAGCGCGUGACAAAGAGCGAAGAAAGUGUAUUCUCAGGGGAAGUUACGAGCGACGAAUUGCGGGAACGUGACAGAUCCACGAUGAAUAGUGCACGGAAGUCGCGGGCCUCGAAGAGUUCAGACGACCUCCAGAGUCAGGCGACCAUCACUCAUUCCUCGACCCAGACACCAAUAAUUGAGCCUCAAGAGAAGUCAAAGAAAGAAGAUCCCCGCGAGGUUGCCAAGAGACGUAAAGAACGGGAGAGAAGACGGCGGGAGGCGGCCUUACCGUUCAUCCAGCGGGUCUACUUGAUGAUCAAACGCCUCUCUGGAACUGAUGAUGAAGAGGAAGAGGAAGGCGACGACUUCUCGCUUCAGGUGACGCGUCAUCGGCCAGAGGAGCUGGACAAGCUCACGCGCACGACGCUCUUCACGAGACGGGAAAUUCAGCUCAUCUACCGCGGCUUCAAGCAGGAAUGUCCCACGGGGAUGGUGGAUGAGGACGGCUUCAAAAAAAUAUUUGCUCAGUUCUUUCCCCUUGGGGAUGCUUCGAAAUACGCUCAUUACGUCUUCAACACUUUCAAGCACAAUCACCAAGGCCAAAUAAGCUUCGAGGAUUUCUUGUCGGCUCUCUCAACUGUGUCUCGUGGUUCAACACAAGACAAACUGCAGUGGAUAUUCGGGCUGUACGAUGUCAAUCACGACGGGUUUAUCUCUAAGAAGGAGAUGGAGGACGUGGUGCGGGCAAUAUACGAGAUGCUCGGACGCUCCACCAACCCGCCCAUGGAUGAGGCAGCUCCCAGGCAUCAUGUUGACAAGGUCUUCCGGCUCAUCGACUCCAACAACGACGGUACGAUCACCAUUGAAGAGCUAGCCGCCUUCAUAUCGCAAGACGAGACCGCCCUACAGUCCCUCAGUAUGAUGGACACGGUGCUCUACACGCGCCCUCCUCACCCGCUCAUCACACGGCCUUCCCUCAGCAAUCCUUAGCUCCUAACACGGUGCUCUACACGCGCCCUCCACACCCGCUCAUCACACGGCCUUCCCUCAGCAAUCCUUAGCUCCUAACACGGUGCUCCACACGCGCCCUCCACACCCGCUCAUCACACGGCCUUCCCUCAGCAAUCCUUA